AAGGCAACACGGGAAAACAAAUAAAACCAACCUUGGGCUUGCAAUAACCGGUGAAGAUGUUCACCCGGCUAGUUUGUAUCAGCGAUUAUGAACAACAUGCUAAGUCAAUUCUUCCUAAGUCUAUCUAUGACUAUUAUAGGUCUGGGGCAAAUGAUCAGGAAACCCUCGCUGAUAAUAUGGCGGCAUUUUCCAGAUGGAAGCUGUAUCCACGGAUGCUCCGGAAUGUUGCUGAAAUAGACCUGUCGACUUCUGUUUUAGGACAGAGAGUCAGCAUGCCAAUAUGCGUGGGGGCUACGGCCAUGCAGUGCAUGGCUCACGUGGAGGGGGAGCUUGCAACUGUGCGAGCCUGCAGGUCACUGGGAACGGGCAUGAUGCUGAGUUCCUGGGCCACCUCCUCCAUUGAAGAAGUGGCAAAGGCCGGCCGUGAGGCGCUUCGCUGGCUGCAGCUGUACAUCUACAAGGACCGGGAAGUUACCAAGCAGCUCGUGCGGCGGGCCGAACGGAUGGGAUACAAGGCCAUAUUUGUGACAGUGGACACCCCUUAUCUGGGCAACCGCUUUGACGAUGUGCGAAACAGAUUCAAGCUGCCACCGCAGCUCAGGAUGAAAAAUUUUGAAACCAAUGAUUUAGCAUUUUCUCCAAAGGAAAAUUUUGGCGACAACAGUGGACUUGCUGCAUAUGUGGCAAAAGCUAUAGACCCAUCCAUCAGCUGGGAGGAUAUUAAAUGGCUGAGGGGACUGACAUCGCUGCCAAUUGUUGCUAAAGGCAUUCUGAGAGGAGAUGAUGCCAGGGAGGCAGUUAAACAUGGUUUGGAUGGCAUCUUGGUGUCAAAUCAUGGGGCUCGACAACUCGAUGGGGUGCCAGCCACUAUUGAUGCUCUGCCCGAAAUUGUGGAGGCCGUUGAUGGGAAGGUGGAGGUCUUUCUGGACGGGGGUGUCAGGAAAGGCACUGAUGUUCUGAAAGCUCUGGCCCUGGGAGCAAAGGCUGUGUUUGUGGGGAGACCAAUCAUCUGGGGUUUGGCUUCCCAGGGAGAGAAAGGUGUUCAAGAUGUCCUUGAGAUACUCAAGGAAGAAUUCCGAUUGGCAAUGGCUCUGAGUGGGUGCCAGAAUGUGAAAGCCAUCGACAAGACAUUGGUGAGGAAAAAUCCUUCGGCCCUUUCCAAGAUCUGACAGUGCACAAUAUUUUCCCAUCUGUAUUAUUUUUUUUCCAGCAUGUAUUACUUGACAAAGAGACACUGUGCAGAGAGUGACCACAGUCUGUAAUUCCUCACUUCGAUACAAAGGGUGUCGUUCUUCUCCAACAAAAUAGCAAUCCCUUUUAGUUCAUUGCUUUUGACUUUUCAAUGGGUGUCCUAGGAACCUUUUAGAAAGAAAUGGACUUGCAUCCUGGAAAUAUAUUAACUGUUAAAAAGAAAACAUUGAAAAUGUGUUUAGACAACGUCAUCCCUUGGCAGGCUAACGUGCUGAAAAACAAAAGAUAUUCUUUGGUAAACUUGACGGGAGCUAAUGCUGAGGUGGAAAGAUAAUGAUCACACUGUUUAUUAGCCUGCAUUGUGUUCAGAUACCCAUAAAACAGUGUUCUUAAAUUAUAAGCUCAGGUUCAAAAGGUUCCACAUGCCUGGGAGACUUGGAUUCGCACCACCGAGGAGGUAGCACUUGAUAGAUUUGGGAUGAAUUGGUGAAAUUUGUGAUUUUCCUAGAUACAUUUUAAUACCUUGAGCUGCGCUACUUCUUUGAAUGUAGAUUUCAUUCCCAUCUUCAGUGUCUGAAUAUCUGAAUAUUUUGUGAUAUGCAUUGCUUUCUAACCAGGAAGAAAUAAAGCAUUAUUUUGAAAAG